AUGACUACUCCUAAUGAAAUAUCAUUUAUCGUUUCUCAAAAAGGAAAAAAAAUGUUGAAUAUAAACAAUUUCAUCUUUAAAUUGAAUAAGACAACAGGUACAACAAAAUAUUAUCGAUGUGAAGACUCACGUUGUACUGUUACUGCACGUACUGAUCUUCAAGAUACUCUUUUGAACAUUAAAGGUGAUCAUUGUCAUCCACCUGAACCAGAAGAAAUUCAAAUUCGAACAUUCAAACAAGUUGUCAAAGCACGUGCUAUAAGUGAAAGUACACCAAUUCCACAAAUUUAUGAUGAAGAAGCUGCUCGAAUGGAUUUAUCAACAUUAUCAAUUGCUGCUUUACCAUCUCAGAGAGAACUUAGUUAG